GGGAAUACGGAGAAAAUCAGCUCUGCGUCUCACGCAAACGACGCCGCGGGCGGAGGUCGACGACGGAAACGGCGGCUGGGACACCAAGUGGACGUUCCCGUCGGAUCUGACCACAGAGAACGCCCUGUUUCCCGCUUGUCACCUGAUUGCUGAGCUGUCACGGGCAGUGCUGGCACCUGACACGGUGCCCACCUGCGUUCUCUGUGCUCCCUGGGGGUCUUAGCCGCACCGACCGUCCCUGCUAAUCAAGUGCUCGUGCGGUGGAGUAGCUCCGGAGUUGCCUGGUUUGUGCCGGCAUUGCGACAGUGCCUGCGUCGCCAGAGGCAGCUGCUAGGGAAAGCCCCUGUCUGCUGUGAAAGAAAAGUGGGGAGAGCCUCUUCCGUUCCUGCUGCCCUGCUUUCACCGUAGUUUCCAAGCUACCAUCAAACUCCCGAACCCGCUGCAAAGCGACGCGCUGUCGGCACAAUGGGGGCUGACAACUCGGAGCUGACCGUACCGAGCCAGUGUCUUCCGAUGUCCGUUGACGAUUUAAGACCUCGGAGUCCAAGGCUACAAGUUGGUCUGGCAGAGCGCGGUGGAAUGGAAAAACGAGUAGAAGCAAGCAAAAAGCAGCCAGCGUGGAAGCUUUCCCGGCCGGCAGUGAUUAUUCAAGCCGGUGCGGCGCGCAGCAGCAAACCGGCAGCGCCUUGGAGCAGCAGCCUGGACCAGUGGGUCAUAGGCGCUGCGUGCGUGGCCACGACGUUCAUGACGGGUGCGACGUUGCGCACCAUAGGCUUCCUCUUCGUCAACUUCCUCUCAAAGUUUGAAGCCACCAGGCAGCAGACGGCGUGGUCCGUCAGUUUCACCUCAGCGGGUGUAGCGUUCUCAGGAGUCCUGUGCAAAUUCUUGCUGCGGUGGUCACCUCCUUGGCCUUUGAUAAUGGUCGGCUCGGCGUGCCAAUUGGCUGGGAUGUUCGGCGCGUACUGUGCCACAAAUGUCACUAUCCUGGCACUGACCUUCGGCCUCUUACAUGGAAUUGGGGCCGGCAUGGUGUUCGUCCUGACUGGCACAUUCAUCGAGCGUACAUUCGCGGUCACCAAGCGUCGCCUCCUGAUGCAGCUGAACAUGGUGGCGUUCUGUGCUGCAGGCUCGUUCUUCCCUCGCAUACUGCUCUACCUGGCGCAGGAAUUCGGCUAUUCUUGGAUGAUGCUCUUUCUUUCGGGAGUUAUGCUCAACGUGCCGGUGCUCUGCGUGCUGUUCAGGCCCAGACCAAAUCCCGAGGAAAACAACAACGUCUUGCCUACAACAACAGUGCAGAAAAUUUUCAGCGUCGAGCAGGGAGCCGGCAAGCUGAGCAACUCAGAAAACGUCGGAACACCAGUACCUGAGUCAAUAUUUACCAAGCCCCUGUUUUACGUCACUGCACUGACGCACCUGAUCUUCUUCUACGUCAUCAAUCUCUUUGCCAGCAUAUCUGUGGACACGAUUCUAAGCAAAGGCAUUCCCGUCAUUCUUGCUAUUACCAUCGCACCUUCGGUGUCUGUGCUAGAUUGUGUUGGCCGCGUCCUGAUGCCGUUGGUGACUGAGAAGGGACACGUGAAGAGAUCGACCCUUGUAAUGAUGGACUACUUAUUUAUUGGCGUAGGAUUUAUCCUCAUUUCUUUUAUCCGGACUUAUCCUCCAAUGCUGGUCACGUGUCUCGGUUUUGGCGUCUUCAGUGGUCAUGCUAUUGCUGUGCACAACUCGCUCAUGGGUGAUGUUGUUGGAGCAGACCAACUGAACUUGAGCAACGUUAUUGUGACGUGCAUUGCCACAGUAUCCUUCCUUACGAAGCCUCUCCUUUUUGGUUUCUUCAGGGACAUGCAGGGAUCUUAUGACAACCUGUACCGCAUCAUGAGUGGCCUCAUGUUCCUCAAUGCUUUAGUCUGGCUAGUCGUAAACCUUACGGACAGGUUCCGUAAGAAGCGAACGUGGACAACGAGAGAUUCUCAGCUCCAGCUGUGCGAUCUUCCUACGCUCACCGGCUACCAAGUCAUGGAUUUGACUUCGUUGAUGGCGUGAUAACGCUCGCGCUGAACCACACGCGUUUCACCACGUAGCCAACUGCAAGUAGCCGAACACUUGAGGCGUAGCGCGACAAUUAAUAGAAAGCAUAGCGAAAUCUCAUGUAUGUUCCUGUCUGUCGGGACUUUUCAGGGAAUGUCGUUUUUGAUAGGCAACCUGAAAGAAUUUGCAGAUUUGAAAUGUUGUUGUUUUCUGAUACAUCUACGGUAAUAUAAUUACCUAUGAAUGUACCAUGUUUGGUCGUCAUAUUGCUCAUGGCAGCUGUUGAUGUGCCAAAACGUAAGGAUCACAAACUUGUGCCUAUUGAUCUACUUCAAAAAAAAAAGAUUAGGUUUUAGGAACAGAAAUUCCUGUUUCAGCUUGGAAAACAUUAAGCUGGUUUUUCUAUCUACACAUGUGAGGGUUUGCAUAGCUACUUUAUAUGUUCCUGAUCCAAUUGUUCUUACCUUUAUGCCUGCAAAUUUCCAGCGUCGGAUAUGUCGCUUUUAACCAUCGGUUUGUGUCUUACCGUUCUUAUUUUUUCUCUAGAUUUACGCUUAACAUGAUUGUGCCGAGUGUUUGGUAAUAAUGUCAAUCACGAUGGUUCGCAGCUGAUGGUGCAGUGAAUAUGCUGAAUAUAAAUUUUGUGUAGAGUAGUGUGUUAAACGCACGUUACGUGGAAUUCUUGCUGCACACCAGUGCUGCCACAAACACUUGGCCUUUAUAAUUAAUAAAUUGAUCUGAACUAUGCGCAAAAGCAAAAUCUUGCAGCGCUCAACACAACUUUUUCGGUGAAUUAUUGUUUUAAGAUUCUGCGUCUGCAUAUCUGUCCGUAGCUUCUCGCUUCCUACGCACCUCUGUAGAUUUGUCAUAGAUCAAUGAAGGCACUGCAGUCAAGUCUGUGAUAACUGUGUAGACAUUGAGGUGAUUGACACCACGUCACAGCAAUGUCAGUACAGUGUUAAUGUUAGGUAUUCUUACACUUAUUGUUUAUGUGAUCUUACCUUUUUAGUGAUUGAAAACAUUUUAUUCGCGCGAAAGUAUAGUUUAGGCUAGUAUAACUCGUUGUUGGGCUAGUUGGUGCAUUGCAUCCAGGAAAUAUAUCCAGCCAGAAACAGACGAACACAGGAAGCUUUCCUGUCUCCUUCCCCAUUUCCUGCGUUCGCGUGUUUUGCUGGAUAUAUUUCCUGGAUAGUUAGACGUGCGCUUACGCAAAUCCGGAGUGACGUCGCCUAGUAGUACGGUUCUUCUAAUGUGAAGGUUGUUUAGAGGAGCCCCUAAUCUGUGUUCGAUGUGCCUAAAAGCGUUCAAGGGUAAUGAUGAAUUUUAAACUAAGAUUCGGACAGUGUAUUUGACACUCAUUGAGCUUAAACUGUGCUAUUAAGAAACUCUUCUUGUGUGUUUUGCGUUGUGUACUUGCCAAUUUCUUUUUGCGCCAUAUUAACAGAAAUACGUAUCCCAGAAUAGCAAUCGCAGAGAACGAUGAUUCUUCCAUGCUUAUGUCAUCGGAAGUCACAAACACAGUGUAGCGAUCCUGUCUCAGCUUCCGAUGUGCAGUGGGACGUGCAGAUCGAAACGUUUGUGAUCUCAGCACGCACAAACGCGUCGCGAUUCAAACUUGUGCUUUGACAAGGCUGAGUGCUGACCAGCUCAACCCACUGAUCGAAAGUUGACUGCAAUUAGCACCCGAAAAAGGUGCCUUUGCUGAGUCUUGGGACACCCAGACGUCGCGGUGUCUGACUGCUUGCAACUUUCCAGCUUAACCACCACUUAACAGGUGUAUUGUUGGAGCCCCUUUCGAUAACCGGGUUACAGUAAUGAAUCAAUACAUUGACAAGUGACGUCAUUCACUUAGUGGAGUCUAUAUAGUAGUUGGAGAGGGGUUGUUCUGCUGAACACCUGUUCAGGACUGUUCUGAGUACUAUGUUGAGAGGCGAAAUAAACUAACGUUUUUUUUGGCGAAGAAUAUGUCAAACAUAAACGAUGGCAUGCGGAGGGUUUUACUGAAUGAAAAAGUUGCAAGGUGUGUGAAUAAAAUUUUCUCGGACUUUAAGGAUUCUGUUCUGCUGCAGAACAUUCGACAGUAUUAUUAAUCCGAAGUUCUACACUUUGCUAAGAUCAUGUUCGUUUGCGUCACCGCUAAGCGUUUUUGUAUUUGUGCGUGUGUUACUAUAGCGCAAUUGUAAUUUUCCUGUCGAACACGUCAGCCGUAUUAUGUUGAGUACCUUUAUCGUUUAGUGCUACUAUUCUUCGUUAUCGUGUUGCUUGUUUUAAAAUUUAUCAGGCACGUUAGUUUUCAUCAUGAGAAGUUCGUGGAUGUUGGGGCUCUUUUUGGUUGUACUCUUGGCCGUGCUAGUCAGCUACUUGCCCAAAAUGUUCAAUUUUCAUAGAAGAUUUUCAUCACAGCUCACGUGCAUUUCCGGCAGUCGAGAUUGAAAACCAUUUUAAAAAGUAUUGUAUUUACGUGCGCUGGGUCAUCCAAUGUAUAUUAAUAUAUGUCAUUGUCUGUGUUAUCUAAAAUAAAGCAUUUUACUAUC